GACCCCUUGUUUCUGCGGCUGCCUUCUGCUCUCGCUUGUCUGACAACGCGAGUGCUCUAGACAGCAGCUGAUUCUUUUUUGUCAGGCGGCGCCAAAGGCGGGCUAUUCCACAAAGAACACAAAAGAGAUUAGUUCCUUAUCGAGAGCGCUUUGUAAUCGCAGUUUAGUUCCUCCUCGCGCAAUUUUUCUUUGCGGAGGAGGUGCGUGGAGGCUUUUCGAACCUCCAUUAGAGCGCUCAGUCGGUUCUAAAAAUUUGUUCGUUUGUGAGGUCGGUUAUUCGUCGUCACUGCCAGUUGAACCGGAGUGGACGUUCUUGUUUUCUAAACGGCGUUCGUCUGUUUAAUUUCGUUCGCGUCGCCUGCUAUGACCUGCUAGGCCUGUUAGUGGUCCGGACAUUUCGGGUGACCCUUGAUCCUCGGACUUCAAGGCAGCAAGAGGUUUCUGUCGCAAGGCCUGCACCCCGUAUCGGGGAUCCUGUCAAGACGUCGCCCUCUGGCCAGUUCCAGAACCCCAGGACUCAUGGCUUUGGACUUUGCAGCAGGAUGCUUAGGAGGGUGUGCUGGUGUUAUAGUUGGACAUCCUUUCGACACCAUAAAGGUCCGCUUACAGACCCAAGAUGGUUUAUCUCAUAGGUAUAAAGGGAGCAUCGAUUGCUUCAAGAGCAUAAUAAGAACAGAGAAGAUGGCGGGCCUCUACCGAGGAAUGUCAUCUCCGAUGGCUGGCGUGGCGCUGGUGAACGCCGUGGUGUUCGGUGUCUACGGCACCACCCAGAAGCGCCUCGGUGACAGCAUCUGGGCCCACGCAGCCGCUGGCGUCCUGGCCGGAGCCGUGCAGAGCAUCAUCAGCAGUCCCGUAGAGUUGGCCAAGACCCGGUUACAAAUCCAAGGCCAGAGUGGACGUCGCGCCCUCUACAAGGGUCCCGUGGACUGCCUGCGGCAGGUGCUCAGGGUGGAAGGCCUCCGAGGUGCCUUCCGAGGAUUCGGGCCGACAUUAUUGCGGGACGCACCGGGCUUCGCCGUCUACUUCGCCAGCUACGAGCAGAUGGUGCGCUUAGGUGCCGACGGUACCUUCAGUGGUGCCAAAGGUACCGCCGCAUUGAUGGCCGCCGGAGGGCUCGCGGGCGUCUUCUCCUGGAUGGCCUGCUACCCGAUGGACGUCCUCAAGUCCAGGCUCCAGGUGGACGGCAUGAGAGGACCGCGAAGAUACAAGGGUCUCUGGGACUGCGCCGUUCAGAGCUACCGCCAAGAAGGCCUGCGCGUCUUCACCCGUGGCCUGAACUCCACCCUCCUGCGGGCCUUUCCCACCAACGCCGCCACAUUCACCGUGGUCACGUGGGUGCUCCGGCUGUGCGACCCCAACGCUAGGCCCGCCAUGGAGCCCGUCACCCAUCUGGCCAUGACGCCGCACCACCAUCACUUUCAUCCUCAGCACCACGUCGUGCACUUCGACCCCGAGCUUUACGUCAGCAGGGUCGUGGCCAUGGCGUGGGACGACAUGGACUAUCAUUUUUGAGCGUUGCUCUAUCUA